AUGACGGUCAUCUGGGGCCUCGAUCUCCACGAGAUCCAAUGGCGCAAGUUCAAGUCCGCGUACAUGUUCGACCGCACCUACCACCUCCGCCGCACAAAGAUGGUCGUCUACCAGCUCGCCAUGAUCCUCUGCGUGUGUUCGGAAUCCGUCGGGACGGCGGCGUUUUCAGACUACCUCGACCAACAAAGCGAAAUCCAAGGCCAACACCCGGGGGUCAAAAUCCACAACAACAGCUUCAUCGGCGCAGCGUCCUACAACAUCUUUGUCGGCAUCGCCGUCGCAUUCAUCUUCGGCGCCGCGUUCUUCUUCGAUCUGUUUUGGCCGGAACGGCACGAGUGUAAGCAUGUGAGGAUUUCGUGGAAGAUCUCCGCCGUUGUUGUUACGAUUAUGAUGUUGAGUUCGGCGUUGACGUUGACGUGCAUCGGUGCCCUCCACGACGCAACGGUCACAGGGACGGAUCCCGACACGGCCGAGACGUUUCGACUCGAGUCUGCGAAGCAGCCUACGUACAGAUACCGCAACAACCCGAAAGUAAUAGCGGCCGUCGUCCUCGCCUGGCCCGGCUGGGCCUUUUGUGUGGUGAGCACAAUCAUCCUGUGGAAGUCGCAGAACCACGACGACAAGUUCGGGCCCAAGUCGGAUUACGGACGGAGCCUCGAGGGUGGGGAUCGGAUUGUGUCGCCGUAUAAAGAGGAGAGGGCAGGGUCGGAAUAG